AUGUUGACAGGAAUCGGCCGAGCAGCCGCUCAACGCCUGCUCAUUCGCACCGCGUUUCUAGCCAGCCCGCGAACGCAACCCCUUUUCCGCGUGACGUAUCGCAGCUUUUCGACCUCGCGAUGGGCGUCCUUGCCCGCCGCCAAGGCCUCGUCGACAACGACCGAGACGAAGAAGGCUCUAAAAGCCAAGGCCGGAGCGGCGACGAAGGGAAAGGCCCCGAGCAAGACCAAGGCCGGAGCGGCGACCAAGCCUCCCAAGGAGAAGAAGAAGGCGGGCAAGAAGGAGGAGCUCACGUCCGAGCAGAUGCAGAAGAUCAAGGUAAAGGAGCAUAAGAAGCUCGCGCUACUGCCAAACCCGAAGAAGCUGCCGAACUCGGCGUGGACGGUCUACAUAACCGAGAGGGCCAACGAUCCAGAAUUGGCGAUUGAUCUGGAAAGCCGGGCCAAGCUUAACUCCGAGUCGUAUAGGAAUUUAUCCUCGUACGAGCUCCAGCGUCUCGAGGAAAAGGCCAAGGAGAAUAGGCUUGCCAACAUCGCCACGUACAAGACGUGGGUGGAAUCGCAUACGCCGAUUGCAGUGGCCGAGGCGAACCGCGCGCGAGCGAAUAUCCGCAGGAUUACCGGUCGCAGAGCCCCCAGGCCCAUUCACGACGAACGCCAGCCCAAAAGGUCAUCAACAGCAUUCAUAAUGUUUGUCAAGGCCCGCUGGGACACCGGCGACUUCUCCGGCGUGGACCCUGUUGUCGCAAACCGCCAGAUUAGCGAGCAGUGGAAUGCUCUCCCGGAGUCUGAGAAGGAACCGUACAAGCAACUGGCCAAGGCGGACUAUGAACGCUGGGAGCGCGAUUCUUUCCAUACCCUGGGACGCGUCAUCGUCAAGAGCUGA